AUGGCCAGUCGUCGACGAUCAGAUGCUAGCACUCCGGUGGAGAGUGAAUCGCCAAGCUCGGUGGACACUCCUGCCACAGAGUCUUCUGUGCUGUUCGACAAUCUUGACGAGCUGUUGCGAAGACUCCCUCAGGAAAGUCAAUAUAUUCUCGUCACCGGCGGUUUGGGAUUCAUCGGAAGUCACACCACAUUGGAACUUCUCAAGGCUGGCUACAAUGUGAUCGUCAUCGACAACCUCAGCAAUUCUUUCGAAGUUGUGUUCGACCGCAUCAAUCUUUUGGCUCAAAAAUUCCACGACAAGAAUAGAUCACCGAUGCCAUCACUGCGGCUGCACGCCCACGAUUAUCGUGACACAUCAGCCCUUCAGGAUCUUCUCCAGGAGUAUCGACUUGCCUCGAGGUGGGGAACUCCAAAGUCAAAAAUUGCCGGUGUUAUUCACUUUGCAGCAUACAAGGCUGUAGAGGAGAGCAUCAGGCACCCACUGAAGUACUAUGCAAACAACGUCAGUGGUUUGAUCGACUUUGCAUCCACACUUGGGGAGUUUGGCAUCAAGACAUUCAUCUUCUCCUCUUCUGCCACUGUGUAUGGCACCCUCGCAACUUCGGGUCUGCCCUUGAAAGAGGAGCUCUGUGUACACAGAGAAGAGGUCUAUACAGACCACAAAGGAGAGACACAAACUGUCCAGCCCGGAUGUACCGGUAUCACAAACCCGUACGGACGCACCAAAUGGAUCUGCGAGACUAUUCUUGCCGAUCUUGCUGCAUCUGAUCCCGAGUGGACUAUUGUCGCCCUUCGUUACUUCAACCCUGUGGGUUGUGAUUCGUCUGGACUCCUGGGAGAAGACCCCCGACAAGCACCCACCAAUCUGCUCCCAGUGGUCGUCAAAGUGAUGACCGGUCAAUAUGCUGAACUUCAAAUGUUCGGAACCGACUGGGACACGACAGAUGGCACGGCCAUCCGGGAUUUCAUCCACGUCACUGACCUCGCUCGGGGACACAUCGCUGCGCUCAGCACUGCAAACGAGGGGAAGCUGGCUGAGAACUUCCGAACUUUCAACCUCGGUACAGGAUCCGGCAACUCUGUUCUGGAUGUGGUCACCACCAUGGAGACAGUCAUCUCCAAGCCAAUUGCUCGAAAGGCCGCAGGUCGCCGCGAGGGUGACGUGGGUUCUUGUGUUGCGGUCGUUGACCGGUCCCAGGAAGAGCUGCAGUGGAAGACUCAGAAGUCACUAAAGGAUGCUUGCGAGGAUAUAUGCAACUUCCUAAAUAUCAGUGGACUGUCUUCAUGA